AAUAUGUAGGUGUCUAUAACUAGGUAUGCUUGUAGGCCAUAUUGGCUCUCCUUGCUAUUACCCUUGUUCUUUUUUUUUGGGGGGGGGGGUUUGGUUUUUUUUAGUCUCUCACCGAUGACGUGAGGUGACUCGUCUCGUCUCUAUUUUGCUCGAUAUGUGCCUGCCUGCCCUAGGUACACAAUACCUGUUAGGCUUUCGAGACAUCAAUCAACUUAACAUUGAAAGCCGCCCCCCCCCCCCCUUCCCCCCCAAAAAAGAACUUACGUUCAAUACUAAAUAAACCUCAAAGCUUUCCCAAAGAGCUCCAGCCAUAAGAUACAUACAGAGCUAUUGGCAUAUGUAGUUUACAGUGUCUAAAUUCAUUGCUUCCAAGUUGUUGCCAUACAAAGCGGAUGGCCUCACAAUAAAACGAAUCCUGUGUCUCAACAGGAUUCAACUCAUCUCAUCCCUAUCUCAUAUCAUCCACCCAAAUAUACUCCAUUCAUCAUGUCGCAAAAGACUGCCCCUAGCAAGUCUUCAUCGACCUUCCAUUUUGUAGCCGGUCUAGGUUCCGGAACACUAGGCGCUGUGCUUCUACAACCUUUCGAUUUACUCAAGACCCGCGUUCAGCAGUCAGGUUCUCACUCGAUUAGAGCUGCCAUAAGAGAUAUCGCCAAGUCUCCCAAUGCACUGACUGCGUUCUGGAGGGGCACCGUUCCCUCAGCGCUACGGACCGGAGUCGGGUCAGCUAUUUAUUUCACUACUUUAAACGUUAUUCGGCAGCAUGCGGCAACCCUGCCGUUUGCUACCGUGCCCGUCACUGACUCACGUCAAUCUUCCUCGUCUCUCCCUAAGCUUUCUAAUACUGCCAACCUCGUGGCCGGGGCAUUCGCUCGUGCUUUUGCCGGCUUUAUUCUGAUGCCACUCACCGUCAUCAAGGUUCGUUACGAGUCCAACUUGUAUUCGUAUAACUCGAUCAUCGGUGCCGCAAAGGAUAUAUAUAGGACGGAACGCAUUCCAGGUUUCUUCGCCGGUUUUGGUGCCACCGCUCUCCGUGAUGCUCCGUAUGCCGGACUCUACGUGGUUUCGUAUGAGCAGUUCAAGAAGCAUCUCAGUUCUUGGCAAUUUCCGACCUCAGUCACCAAUCACCAGCAAUCCGACGCUGGUAUGGCGAGCUCCAUGUCCGCCACUAUUAACUUCAGCUCCGGGGCCCUCGCUGGCGCUACAUGUUCCUUCAUAUCAAAUCCAUUUGACGCAGUGAAGACGCGCAUACAGCUGCAGCCACGUGAAUAUCGGAACAUGGUUCAGGCUUGCCGUAAAUUGAUUACAGAAGAAGGCGUACGGUCUCUCUAUGAUGGACUCGCUCUGCGCAUGACGCGCAAAGCCAUGAGCUCGGCGUUGGCAUGGAUGCUGUACGAGGAGUUCAUUCGGAGAGCAGAAACGACAUUACAGCAAAAAAAUACAACGGGGCACGAACUGCCUGCUCCAAAUUCAUGAUGUGGAUAGCUCUAUAGUACGAGAUUGCAGGAACCGGAUUAUUA